ACUCUUACACCAGGUGUGAAAAUCACCUCUACCCUGCAGGUGUUGAAGCUGAUCAAGCAGGCCGGGGAGCGGGUCCUGGUGUAUUAUGAGAGGCCCGUUGGCCAGAGCAAUCAGGGUGCCGCGCUGCAAGAUCAUUUUGGACAGUUGGAAGAAAACUUUCUGUCAAGCUCAUGCCAACCAAAUUAUGAAGAGGAAACCACGGGCUUGGCAGUAGAUGCUGAAAAUAGAGAUUUGGAUUCUGAAUUUGAAGACCUGGCAAGUGAUGUCAGAGCACAGAAUGAGCUCAAAGAUGAGGCUCCAUUAAGUCACAGCCCCAAACGUACUCCAACAGCACUUUCUGUUAAGCCCCUUGGAACGAUAUCACCAGUUUUAAACCGUAAAUCAGUUGUAGGAAGUCACCCACCACCACCAAAACCUCCGUGUAAAGACGGAAAUAAACCCUUGGCCCCAAAAGCUUCUGAGAUAACAGACGCGACACAAGUGUCAAAACCCGCCCAAGGACCCACUUUCAAACCACCCGUGCCACCACGCCCGCAAGUGAAAGUUCCUUUGCCUCCUGCUGACGCUCCGAAUCAGACAGAACCAGAUGUUCUUGCUGAAAGGCCAGAAAAGGUGCUGCCUCCUCCUCCUGCAGAUAAACCUGCUGAAAAGCAAGCGAAAAAUACGGAUCACGCAGAAGAUGCAGCUGCAUCUAAGCCGUUCUUAGCAAAGCAAGAAGUGGCGAGAGAUUUUACUUCAGAAAGUUCCUGCCCUCCUAAGGACAGUUCGGAUGACCCUCAGACGUGGGAAUCAUCAGAAAUUCCUUACCGUAAUAAGCUAGGAAAAUGGACACGAACCAGAGCAACCUGUUUCUUUGACAUAGAAGCCUGCCACAGAUACUUAAACGUCGCACUGUGGUGCAGAGACCCUUUCAAGUUAGGGGGUCUUAUCUGUUUGGGGCAUGUCAGCUUAAAACUUGAAGAGGUGGCUUUAGGGUGCCUGGCUACAGCAAACAUGGAGUACUUUUCAACAUUCAGACUGGAAGCCCCCUCGCCAAAGGCAAUGGUCACGAGAACCGCUCUGCGCAAUCUGAGUAUGCAGAAGGGAUUCAACGACAAAUUCUGCUUUGGUGACAUUACCAUUCACUUCAAAUAUUUGAAAGAAGGAGAACCAGACCACCCUAUAGUUACUAACUUCGAGAAAGACAAAGAACUGCAUUUGGUCGAAGAGGUCGCAGCCCUACCUAAAGAGGAGCAUUUUGUUGGACAGGUGGGUCUUACGGAAAAUAAACACAGCUUCCAGGAUACCCAGUUCCAGAACCCGACUUGGUGUGAUUACUGUAAGAAAAAAGUGUGGACUAAAGCUGCUUCCCAGUGUAUGUUCUGUGCUUACGUUUGCCAUAAAAAAUGUCAGGAAAAGUGUCUAACGGAGACUCCUCUUUGUGGAGCAACUGAUAGGCGGAUAGACCGGACCCUGAAAAACCUCAGGCUGGAAGGACAGGAAACCUUCUUAGGCCUGCCUCCUCGUGUGGAUGCUGAAGCUAGCAAGUCAGUCAAUAAAACAACAGGUUUGACGAGACACAUUAUCAAUACGAGCUCUCGUUUGUUAAAUUUGCGCCAAGUCUCUAAAACUCGCCUUUCUGAACCAGGAACUGAUCUAGUGGAACCUUCACCAAAACACACACCCAACACGUCAGACAACGAAGGCAGUGACACAGAGGUCUGUGGUGCGAACAGUCCUUCUAGACGGGGAAACAACACAGGAAUAAAGUUGGUGAGGAAGGAGGGUGGUCUGGACGACAGCGUUUUCAUUGCAGUUAAAGAAAUUGGCCGUGAUCUGUACAGGGGCUUGCCUACAGAAGAGAGGAUCCAGAAACUAGAGUUCAUGCUGGAUAAACUGCAGAAUGAAAUUGACCAGGAGCUGGAGCAUAAUAAUUCCCUUGUUAGAGAGGAAAAAGAAGCAACUGAAUCAAGGAAAAAAUCCCUUCUUUCUGCUGCUUUGUCUAAAUCAGGCGAAAGACUACAAGCUCUGACACUGCUCAUGAUUCACUACAGGGCGGGCAUUGAAGAUCUCGAAUCUUUAGAAAGUCUGUCUUUAGACCAGCACUCCAAAAAAAUAAGCAAGUACACAGAUGACACGGAAGAAGACCUCGAUAAUGAAAUAACCCAACUAAUAGACUCCCAGCCAUUCAGCAGCAUAUCAGAGGACUUAUUUGGCCCAUCUGAGUCUGUUUGACAGACAGCCUGUUUAAAGUUCGAGUGAUUGAGGAAAGUUGCAUCUCAAGUACCACAGAUCACCCACGUGUGAGCCCCCUUCUAACACUUCGGCCUGCUUCUCCACAGCCAUGUGCUUGUGUAAGAACAAGAGUGAAAAAGGUGGUUUUCCAGCAAAAACAUGGCCAGCUCACUAAAUUGGUUGUUUCAGAUUGUAUUUAUAGCUAUGCUUUUUUGGGUUUAUACUGGGAAUUUAUUUUUACUAAUUUAUUUUUAACUUUUUCUAAUUAUGUAAUUAUGUAAGCUAACUUUUCAUGUUUGUGUAUGUGUGAUGUCUCAUUGUGUUAUUUUCCUUCAUCUUAGGUUUUGAAUGAGUGUUAAAUAGGAUACUGUCCAAAUUCUUGAAGUAUUUUCAUUUCCAUCAUGGUCACAAGUUUGCUGCAUGCCCAAAUUGACAACGGCAAUCAUUGAGGGAACAGGUUUUGAAUCUUUGUGUUAGGAAGUUUUUCACAACUCUACUUGCUUGAAAUUUUUGUUAUUUUGGGGUUUUGGGGGUGGUUUUUUGUUUUUGCCAAAUGUAACAUAAAAGCGGAUGCUGCAGCUUUAGUCCGUUACAUGAUUUAGUUAAAAAAAAAAAGUUUUAUGUAUAUUGCUUGCUUUCUAUCCUGUGAAUUUUUUUCUAGUUUCUGUGCAGUUUUAGUGAGAAUACAGUUAUUAAUUUGAAGAGGUUGCAUUGAAAAACAAAAUGUAAUAGGGAAUAGAGAAUGCAGUUGGUCAAGAAUUUUGUAGAGAAGAUUACUAAAAAAAAAAACAAAACAAAACAGUAACCAGUAGGAUUUUGAAAUAUAAUCUUUCGAAAUGUUGAUGCUUUCUCCUUUUAAAUGGGAGUUCUGAACAUUUGAUUUUUUUCAUCUUCAGUUCUCCCAUGGGGAAUAAAGCAUGUCAAGGAUAAAGUUUCAGAGGACUGUUCUUAAAAUGACUUAAAAUGGGUCUAUUUUGCUUUAGGAACAUUUUCAUGCAGGAGGAGGUUGUGAAGGAAAGGAAUCACGCGAGAGAGAUUUGUUGCUUUUAUGACAUGCUGCAGGUUGAAGGUAUGGUGGCCAUUCUGAAUGUGUCUAUAGUUCAGUCUUGUUGAAAAAAAUAAAAACAAUAUAGAUACAUAGGAAUUGGAAUCAGUUCUCUGGUAGUUAAGAUCUAUUCCCUUGGUCCAUUGUGUGGACCCCAGUAACUGAGGGAAAAUGUGUGAGCAUGACCUCUGUUGGUAUACCAUAAAAGUUUUAGCCUUUUAUAUGUCUAUUUUCUUUUUGUAGUAACUAUUACGAUAAUUGACAUAUAGUAAAGAUUGACAUGAAUUUCGAGCUAGGUGGGACAGUUUCGAUGGCCGGCAGGAAGAGGCAUAGUGUAAUACGUAAUAGUAAGGGUUCUGGCCCAGGUCUACAGCCCAGGACUCCAGACAAGAGUUUAAGGUCAGGCUCUUCCACUGGCCAUUAAUGAACUUUAUAACCACAAGAGGGUUCCAUGCUGCGGUCUCCCCAGCUUCAGAGUAGGAAUAAACAAUACUUUAACUACCUCACAGGAUUGUUGUGAGGAGAACAACAGAACUGCACAAGUGCUCUGAACAGUAAAAGCUAUUCAGAAAAGGUAUGACUCAAAUGGGGAAAACAUUUUUGAAGGUAGAAAAGUUAUUCUACUUUUAAGUGAAAUAUUAGGAAGUACCUUUAUUGGCCAAGUUGAUAACAAAAAUAGAUCUGUGUAUCCCCUUUUUUGUUGUUACGCAUGCUUGCAUUUUAAAAAAAAAACCCUGCUGUAGAAGUCUUUAUACACCACCUUCUCUGAAAGCUAAACAGAAGUUCUGUAACAUGUGCUUGAAACAGUCUGCCCAAUGUAAUAACCAACUUUUAUCUUAUGAAAAAUAACUUACCGGUGAUGACCUGGAAGGCCAGUGUCUAGUGGCUGGUGUGUAUGGAUGGAUGGCACCACAGAAGUUUAGUGACAUCCAAGCAUGCUGCUGAAACCGAUGCAUUUGAAAGAGCUGCAGAAAUAAUGCAAAAUUUUGGUUUCAUAAAAAUCUCCUGUUUUGAAAGUAUUUAACUCUGUAGAACCACAAUUAUGAACAGCUCAGUAAUGCUGCUAAUGAUACUUGUAAAAUCUAUCUUUAAUGUAGUGCAAUAUUUUUAUAUCUACUGGGGCAGGCAGAGGCAUCACAGUUGUGCUUUAGCAUAGGGGUGGGGGGGGUCACUCUGAACACCCUAGGGGAUAGUGAGGUGUAAGGCUUCCGUGAAAACAGUUGUAUUCUAUAUUACAUUCCUGGUGUAAUCUUGCUGCCAUGCUAUGUUAUUGAUAGCUAAAAAAAUAAUAAAAAGAACUACCACAGAAAACAAGAAUAUCUUCAUUUGCUAACAUCUGAGAGAGGUGAGAUUGCUACAUCUCUCAGAAAUUACCGCCUGGUAGGAUUUGGCCAUGCAAACAAGCUCUUCACAAAGUCCACUUCUGCUAAACAAAAUUGCUGUUUUGAAAUUUGCCUAACAGCAUUAAAUUCUGGUUUUUCUGUUGUUUCUCUAAGCUGUGAAAUCUCAGAUGUAUGGAUCAGCCCUGCUAUUUAUUAGGAAAAUGAUUAUUUUCUGUAUUUUGAUAUUUAGGUGAAGAACUAGGUUAAACAAUCAAGCUGAACAAUAUUUUAGCAUUUUUGUGGAAUCAGAAUUAAUAUGCUGCAUUUCCUAAUAUCAAGCCCUAUACUCGAGUAUCAGAAUAGCUGAAAUACUAUUGGCCAUUUUAUGAUUUUGAGAGGAGAAAACAAGCUGAAAAUUAAUUAGAGGGUACUCUCAAGCUCUAAAUUUAUCUGGAUUUUUUGAAAGGCAGUUUGAAAAUACUUGGCUCCUGAUUAUAAAGAUAAGAUCUUAAUUUCCCUAAAAGUGAAUAAAUUUAAAAUCACUUUAAAAA